GAGGGUUGCGAGGCCUCUCUGGAAGUUGUCCCGGGUGUUCGCCGCUAGAGCUCCGGGUCGAGAGGACGAGGUGCGGCUGCAGGGAGAAACCUCCGCUGCUGCCGGCUCCCGGAGCCAAGCCCUUUCUUAACCUAACCCACCCCUGCCCAGUCCCAGCAGCCAACGCCUGUCCCUGCCGCGGAUCCCAGCGUUACCAUGAAUCCUGCAGUCUUCCUAUCCUUACCCGACUUGAGAUGCUCCCUGCUGCUCCUGGUAACUUGGGUUUUUACUCCUGUAACAACAGAAAUAACAAGUCUUGAUACAGAGAAUAUAGAUGACAUUUUAAAUAAUGCUGAUGUUGCUUUAGUAAAUUUUUAUGCUGACUGGUGUCGUUUCAGCCAGAUGUUGCAUCCAAUUUUUGAGGAAGCUUCCAAUGUCAUUAAGGAAGAAUAUCCAAAUGAAAAUCAAGUAGUGUUUGCCAGAGUUGAUUGUGAUCAGCACUCUGAUAUAGCCCAGAGAUACAGGAUAAGCAAAUACCCAACCCUUAAAUUGUUUCGUAAUGGAAUGAUGAUGAAGAGAGAAUACAGGGGUCAGCGAUCAGUGAAAGCACUUGCAGAUUACAUCAGGCAACAAAAAAGUGACCCUGUUCAAGAACUUCAUGAUUUAGUAGAAAUUACCACUCUUGAUCGCAGCAAAAGAAAUAUCAUUGGAUAUUUUGAGCAAAGGGAUUCAGAAAACUAUAGAGUUUUUGAAAGAGUAGCAAAUAUUUUGCAUGAUGACUGUGCCUUUCUUUCUGCGUUUGGGACUGUUUCAAAACCAGAAAGAUACAGUGGAGACAACAUAAUCUACAAACCACCAGGGCAUUCUGCUCCAGAUAUGGUGUACUUGGGAUCUAUGACCAAUUUUGAUGGGACUUACAACUGGAUUCAAGAUAAAUGUGUUCCUCUUGUCCGAGAAAUAACAUUUGAAAAUGGAGAGGAAUUGACAGAAGAAGGACUGCCUUUUCUAAUACUCUUCCACAUGAAAGAAGAUACAGAAAGUUUAGAAAUAUUCCAGAAUGAAGUAGCCCGACAAUUAAUAAGUGAAAAAGGUACAAUAAACUUUUUACAUGCCGACUGUGAUAAAUUUCGACAUCCUCUUCUGCACAUACAGAAAACUCCAGCAGAUUGUCCUGUCAUAGCUAUUGACAGUUUUAGGCAUAUGUAUGUGUUUGGAGACUUCAGGGAGGUAUUAAUUCCUGGAAAACUCAAGCAGUUUGUAAUUGACUUACAUUCUGGAAAACUUCACAGAGAAUUCCAUCACGGUCCUGACCCAACCGAUACAGCCCCAGGACAGGAAGUCCAAGAUGUAGCAAGCAGUCCACCAGAGAGCUCCUUCCAGAAACUAGCACCCAGCGAAUAUAGGUACACUUUAUUGAGGGAUCGAGAUGAGCUUUAAAAACUUGAAAAACAAUUUGAAAGCCUUUCAAACAGCAGCGUCAACUUACGUGGUGGAAAUAGUAAACCUAUAUUUUCAUAAUUCUAUGUGUAUUUUUAUUUUGAAUAAACUGAAAGAAGUUUCGGGUUUUUAA